AUGUACGAAGAAAGUUUCCCCCCGCAUCAACGAGCCUCACUUCACUCCACCUCUGCCGCCUGGGCUGUAGCAAGUCUCACCUCUGCCCUGACAACUCGACUUUCCAUGGCCCUCACUUGCCGCUUCCCAGUCGGACGACUGCCCUUGAACGUGGCUCGAGUCCCAUCGCCGCCUCCACCGACUCUGUCAGAGGCCUGCGUCCCGUCGGUCGGAUCGCCUUGUUUCGGCUGUCCCGGCGAUGUGGACCUCCGGACACGAGGCGUCAAUUUCGGCCUCGGCCUCAGCCUCGGGCUCGAGUCCGCGCGGUCAAUGCCUACGGCCACGGUGGCCUCAACCGGCGCCGGCCUCGAAGCUGCCUACUCGGCCUAUUACACCAGCAUGAUGGUCCAUCAAUUGGGCCGUCUGCCUGAGGCGAGCGUUUCCAGUCAUCAACGAGUCGAGCACGCGGUGGCCGGCGCCUCGAUCGAGUCCGGUCAGACGAACCUCUGCCGAGUCGUCCAGCCACCAACCCAGCCUCGGCUACAGCCCUGCUUCCCUCUAGACCCGGAGCCGUCUCCCCCUGCCCUCUUAGACACACUACAGCCAGGCAUCUCCGUCACCAACCGCCCGGACCAGGCGCCGUCUGGUAUCACUUUCCCUCCCUCCUCCUCCUCCUCAUCCUCAUCAUCAUCAUCAUCAUCAUCCUCUUCCACCUCCUCCCUCUUCCCCUCCGUCCACCCGAUGAGCCUCGGCGAGCCGUACGUUCAUCUUGCCUUCCGAGCCCUGCAGCAGCUGCCCUCGACACCGCCCCCUCCCUCCCCCUCCUCCUCCUCCUCAUCCUUAUUAUCGUCAUCAUCAUCAGCAUCAGCAACAGCCGCGUCCUCCGGUCUUGAGCUCCCCGGCGGACCGACCGACCCUCUACCGGAGUCUCGUGACACUCCGGAGACCGACGUUGUCCGAUUCAUGCCAGUCUCGCACGACUGUAAUCAACAAACUUCGCCUCGACAACCGGCCGGUUAUCAGCAUCAAUAUCAUCAUCAUCAUCAUCAUCUGAGCCCGUACGAGUGUGCACGCAGUUUUAUCCGCCGUCGAAACGCUCGUGAACGCGAACGAGUACGUUGCGUGAAUGCUGGCUAUGAGUCGUUGAGACGUCGUCUACCUUUGGCCCCGACCACAGCCGCUGGGGGUCACGAAAAACGAAUGGCCAAAGUUGAGAUUCUACGCGCUGCCAUCACCUACAUCCGCAAAUUGCAGGCGAGUCUGGAGGCCUGA